AUGUCACCCUUAUGUCCGGUCGUCAAAGGCGUUGACAUCGUCGAUAUCCGUCAGAAUGACGUGAAGUUUUCCUUGGUAAAUGAUAUCCAGAGAGGUAUAGAUCCUCCGGCAGGAAAUUGCCGUUCCAUGCCCACGAUGCUUCUGUACGAUGCUCAGGGGCUCAAGCUGUUCGAGGACAUUACGUACCUGGAGGAAUAUUAUCUCACAAACGCGGAGAUUGACGUUCUACGAACACAUGCGAAGAGGAUCGUGGAACGCAUCCCGGACAAUGCGCAAUUACUGGAGCUAGGUAGUGGUAGCAAUCUGCGCAAGAUUGAGAUUCUUCUCCAGGAAUUCGAAGCGGCGAGCAAAAGAGUGGACUACUAUGCGUUGGAUCUGUCGCUCUCGGAGUUGGAGCGCACAUUCUCGGAAGUGUCCCUCGAUCAAUAUCAAUAUGUCGAGCUCCAUGGCCUCCAUGGCACGUACGACGACGCCCUUACCUGGCUGGAAAACCCCGCGAAUCGUAAGGUCCCAACGGUGAUCAUGUCAAUGGGUUCGUCAAUAGGAAAUUUCGAUCGUCCUGCGGCGGCGAAAUUCUUGUCGCAAUUUGCCAGGCUUUUGGGGCCGUCGGACUUGAUGGUGCUUGGGUUGGAUAGUUGCACCGACUCGGAGAAAGUGUACAAGGCAUACAAUGAUUCCAAGGGUAUCACGCGGCAAUUCUACGAGAACGGGUUGUUGCAUGCGAACGCUGUGCUUGGAUACGAAGCAUUCAAGCUCGAUGAAUGGGACAUCGUGACGGAGUACGAUAAUGUCGAAGGGCGGCACCAGGCAUUCUACGCGCCAAAGCGGGACGUGACUAUAAACGGGGUACUGCUCCAUAAAGGCGAGAAGUUAAUUUUCGAGGAGGCAUUCAAAUAUGCCCCCGAGCAGUGCGAUCAGCUAUGGCAUGAUGCGGGUUUAAUUGAGGACGCUGAAUUUGGCAAUGAGUCUGGGGAUUACCUUAUCCACGUGCUGUCUUCGGCUACCCUCAACUUCCCAACGAGCCCGUCACAAUAUGCGGCUCAAUCUGUGCCGAGCUUUGAGGAGUUCCAGUCUCUGUGGACGGCAUGGGAUAUUGUCACCAAGGCCAUGGUUCCCAGAGAGGAACUUCUUUCGAAGCCAAUCAAAUUGCGAAAUGCUUUGGUUUUCUAUCUUGGGCAUAUUCCUACUUUUCUCGGUCAGUAUUUUUUUGCCUUUCAGGAACCAGGCGUAACAGACAUGUUGACAAGAGUAGAUGUUCAUUUGACCCGAGCAUUGGGCGAAAAGCCAACGCACCCCAAGUCAUAUAGACUCAUUUUCGAACGCGGAAUCGAUCCCGAUGUGGAUGACCCCGAAAAGUGCCAUUCUCACAGCGAAAUUCCGGAUGAAUGGCCUGCCCUUGGAGACAUCUUGGACUAUCAAGUUCGGGUUCGUAGUAGGGUGAGGUCCAUUUUUGAGAAGCAUAAUGUGGCUGAUAAUCGAGUGCUCGGCGAAGCACUCUGGAUCGGGUUCGAGCAUGAAGCCAUGCAUUUGGAAACGUUCCUUUACAUGUUAAUCCAGAGCGAAAGAACACUUUCGCCUCCAGCUGUUCCUCAACCCGAUUUUGAAAAGCUAUUCCGCGAUGCCCGGCAAGAAGCAAGACCGAACGAGUGGUUUUUGAUUCCCGAGCAGACGCUUUUGGUUGGUCUAGACGAUGACGGUCAUUCGGUUCCUCGUGACUCUUAUGGAUGGGAUAACGAAAAGCCCCAGAGAAAGAUCACAGCCAAAGCAUUCCAAGCGCAAGCGCGACCAAUUACCAAUGGAGAGUACGCCAAGUAUCUACAGGCAAAUCAUCUGCCUCAGAAGCCAGAGUCUUGGGUCUUGGUUAAGUCUGAUCAGACGUACCCGACAUGCAAUGGUGUCAGUCAAAGCAGCAGUUACGCUACGAACGAUUUUAUGGCACACUUUGCCGUUCGCACCGUGUUUGGCUCCGUCCCGCUCGAGCUGGCCCAGGACUGGCCGGUGAUCGCGUCGUACGAUGAAUUGGCAAAGUAUGCCAAGUGGGUGGACUGCAGGAUACCGAGCUUCGAAGAGGCGAAGAGUAUCUACGCGCAUGCAGCUCGACUGAAGGAAACUAGUAACGGUCUUUCAAACGGUCAUAGUUAUACCAACGGAGUCAAUGGACACGGACAUAGCGAGACCAACCCCCUACGGCCUCGCACUCCCGACCACCAACCGGUACAGCAUCCUUCGCGCGAGUCUCUGCCGGUGUUUGUUGAGCUCGACAACUGUAACGUCGGCUUCAAACACUGGCACCCCACCCCAGUCAUCCAGAACGGCGACCGACUCGCCGGUCAUGGAGAGCUGGGAGGCGUCUGGGAGUGGACAAGCACGGAACUUGCACCCCAUGACGGGUUUGAGGCCAUGCAAAUCUACCCCGGAUAUACAUCUAAUCAAGAAGCAGCCGACUUCUUCGACGGAAAGCACAAUGUCAUCCUCGGAGGGUCAUGGGCGACGCAUCCACGGAUCGCCGGCCGCACUACCUUUGUAAACUGGUACCAGCGGAACUACCCCUACCCCUGGGCAGGAGCCCGGCUGGUGCGGGAUGUCUGA